AUGGCAUCGAAUCCGCAGCAGAAGCGAUGCCAUUACGAGGUGCUUGGUAUAUCACGCGACUCGACGUCCGAAGAAAUCCGUUCGGCUUACAGGAAGCUGGCUCUCCAGCGCCAUCCUGACAAACUUGUUCAAUCAGGUUUAAGCCAAGCCGAAGCCACAGCCCAAUUUCAAGAGCUUGUUCACGCUUACGAGGUCCUCUCCGACCCUAAAGAACGUGCCUGGUACGAUUCUCAUCGUUCCCAAAUCCUCUUCUCCGAUCCCAACUCUGGUAACUCGGUCCCUGACUCGGUCAUUCCUAAUUUGUUCUCUUUCUUCUCCAACACCGUUUACUCGGGUUAUACCGAUACCGGAAGAGGUUUUUUUAAGGUUUAUUCUGAUGUUUUUAAUAAGAUUUAUGCGAAUGAGGUUAAUUUUUGUAGGAAAUUAGGGUUAGGCUUGGAUAGUGUUAGGGAGGCUCCGCUGAUGGGGAAUUUGGAGUGUGAUUAUGCCCAGGUUUCGGCUUUUUAUAAAUAUUGGCUGGGGUUUUCCACUGUCAUGGAUUUUUGUUGGGUUGAUCAGUAUGAUGUGAUGGCGGGGCCGAAUCGGAAAUCAAGGAGGGUUAUGGAGGAGGAGAAUAAGAAGUUGAGGAAGAAGGCGAGGCGAGAGUAUAAUGAGACGGUGAGGGGAUUGGCAGAGUUUGUUAAGAAGAGGGAUAAGAGGGUGAUUGAUAUGAUGCUUAAGAAGAAUGCUGAGAUGGAGAGAAAGAAGGAGGAGGAGAAGGAGAGGAAAAUGAAGUUGGAGAGGGAGAGACUGGAGAGGUUGAGAGCGUAUGAGGAGCCGGAAUGGGCCAGGGUGGAUGAAGAGGAUGUGGAUGGAAUGGAGGAUUUUGAGGAAGGGGAGGAUAAGGGGAAGAAGGGGAAUGGAGCGAAGGAGUUCUAUUGUGUGGUGUGUGGGAAGAAGUUUAAGAGCGAGAAGCAAUGGAAGAAUCAUGAACAGUCGAAGAAGCAUAAGGAGAAGGUUGCUGAGUUUAGGGAGUCGUUUCAGGAUGAAGAUGACGAGAGGGAAGAUAUUGAGGUGGAUGAGCUGGGACAGAAUGAGGAUGUGGGUUAUGAUGUGGAGGAGAUAGAGGAGAGCUUAAAAGAGGAUUUAAAAAUACUGCAGGAAAGGAAUGGGGAUGGGGCUGAGGUUCUGGAUUCAAGUGAUAAAGAAGAUGGGUUUUUCGGUGCUGAUGACAUGAAUGGGAUUGAUGAGAAGAAUGGGGAUGUAGAGGAUGAGGAGGAGGAGGAGGAAAUGAGCGUGCUUGAAGCAAUGAUGUCAGGGCGCAGGAGUAGGAAAAGUAGGGGUGCAAGGCAUAUGAAUGAGGAUUUUCCACAGGAAGUUCCCAUUGAGGAUGCAAAAGAGGAGGUUGAGGUUAUGGAAUACGAUAACCGGAAGACUAGGAGGAGAAGAGGCAAGAAAGCUAGGGAUUGGAAAAAUGGUGGUGAAGGUGUUAAGAGUGACAUUGAUGAAAGCAAUAUUACUGGUGAAGAAACUAAUGGGCAUGAUGAUAAACAAAACGAGGAGUCUGCUUCUAAUUCUUUUGUUGAGAAUGAGGAUGAUUGUAGAAAUGUUGAUCAUUUGGUGAAUAAUGGUAAGAGCUUAAACCAAUCUACCAACAAGAAAGGGGCUGCUAAGAAGGAAGAAAACGUCAAAUCAAAGAACUCUUCUAAAGCUAAAGGCAAGAAAGGGAAGGUGAGACGUUAA